AUGGCCCCUGGAGGACCUGGCGGUAACUCGCGUGGCCGAGGCGGCAAGUUCAAGAAGUUCACGAGAGGAGGUGGCCACCACUUUUCUCGCGACCUGCGACCCCUCGACGCCGACGGCAACGAGAUCAGCAUGUGGAGCGCCGAUGCUCCAAACAAGGAUGACGACGACGAUUCGGACGAGGACUCUUCGGAAGAGGAGGACUCAGACGAGGACUCGGACGCCGCCGGCCCCGCCAAGCCUCAGGCCGAGCUGACCAGAGAAGAGCGCAAGAAGCAGAAGGCUGCCCAGAAGGCCGCUGCCAUCGCCAAGAAGAAGAAGGUCGUCCAGGUCGGCGACCUGCCCUCCGACUCCGAGGAGGAGGAGAGCGACGACGAUGACAUGCCGGCCAACCCCAACCACUCCAAGGCUGCCCGCAACCAGACCAAGCCCCCGACGCGCGAUGUCGAGGAGGUGACCGAGAGCGUUAAGAAGCUGUCCACCGCCCCGAUGAGCAGGAAGGAGCGCGAGUCCAUGGAGGCGCAACAGGCCAAGGAGAGAUACCGCAAGCUGCACGAGGCUGGCAAGACGGACGAGGCCAAGGCCGACCUGGCUCGUCUGAGGCUCAUCAGAGAAAAGAGAGAAGCCGAGGCCGCGCGGAAGCAGGCCGAGAGAGAAGAGCAAGAGGCACAGAAUGCUGCUAAGAAGGCAGAGAUCGAGGCCAAGGAGGCCAAGAAGCGUGAGGCUGCGCUUGGCAAGCCGUCCAAGAAGGGCAAGAAAUAA